UAAGGAAUAUUUAAUCAGCGUACGUUACCUUUCAGAGCUAAGCGUUUCUAGCAAAGACUCUGUCGAUUGCACGGUCUGAAAAGAACAGAGCUUUGAAGACUUCGUGGUUCUAGCAAAGAUUCUGUCGACUCGGAGGUCUGCAAAAAUGUCUGUUCUUGCGUUUCUCUACAUUGGUGCCAGCAUCAUGUCUCUUGUGUCCGUUAGCGACGCUAUGUUACGAAAUUGUUCUGCAUUAUGCUCCAGUAGAAAGAGGUCGGAUGAAUCGUUGAAACUCCAGUGUGGUUGCGGAGCCAAUAUUUUGGCUGGCAGUGCGGUGUCCGCAGAUAAAGGCCACAAAACAACAAAGCAUCCAGACGACAAAACAACAAAGCAUCCAGACGACAAAACCACAAAGCAUCCAGACGGUCCCCACUUGAGCUCGCCCACCCCGCCCACCAUCCCCAAUAGUAAUGUGGCAUAUAAACUCUCCGGCGACAUUAAUCUACAACCAGUUGUCAACAAACAUGGGUCUGAAAAGAAAGACGAAACAGCCAAGAAUCCAAAUCAUGAUGCAGCUAAGCAGACCACAGAGAAUUAUUCUGCGAAACCUCCAGGGGAUGGAUCAACUACGACCAACCCAGAUUUUGGUUCAACAGAUAACCCCGAAGAAGACAUAACAGAAACACCCCCACAGUAUGAAGACACAACAGAACCAACAUUCGAUUAAGGUGGCUAAUAAGCUAUCAAAAUGAAUGUCAAGCCUUCCAGCACUAAGUAAACAAGAUUGAUGAGAACUAUCGGACGUUUUCACCAAUUGUCCAAGUUCAUCUUGUUUCAAAGAUUGAGAAAUGCUUUAUUAAAUUGAUAAAAACACU